CAACGGAGGACAAAUUCGAUCUUGUAUAUAGAAAGAAAACUAUAGAUAAUAAGGACGGGGUGGAGAUAACGUGCAUGGCAGAAGGACUAUAUCCACAACCCACUCUAGAUAUAUCCAUCGAGGGUGUCCCGGAAAAGCAAACAGCGAAGCCUACAGUUACGCUGCGUGACGAUGGACUGUACGAUAUCUUAUCACGAACGGCCUUACUGGACGAAGAUUUACCGGAAGCAGCGAUUGUCAAAUGCUUGCUCGGUAUACCGAAGGCGAACUACAACGUUUCCCACCAAACCGUCUACUAUCCC